AUGUCAUCACUUACUUAUAGAUCUUUGAAAAAUGGUUUGAAUUUAAAAAAUUCCAUUAGAACCUUAUCGUCUACUUCAUCUCAAUUAUCAAACUACCAACAACCAGACUUUUCAUCAUAUUUAAAUCACAAAACUCCACAAGGUAGUAGAAAUUUCACAUAUUUUAUGGUUGGAUCAAUGGGUUUAUUAUCAGCAGUUGGUGCAAAAUCAACAGUUGAUGCUUUUCUUUCAUCAUUUGCUGCAUCAGCUGAUGUUUUAGCUAUGGCUAAAGUUGAAGUUAAAUUAGGUGCAAUUCCAGAAGGUAAAAAUGUUAUUGUUAAAUGGCAAGGUAAACCUGUAUUUAUUAGACAUAGAACAGCAGAAGAAAUUGAAGAAGCUAAUGCAGUCGAUGUAUCAAAAUUAAGAGAUCCACAAACUGAUGCUGAUAGAGUUAAAAAACCAGAAUGGUUAGUUAUGUUGGGAAUUUGUACUCAUUUAGGUUGUGUACCAAUUGGUGAAGCUGGAGAUUUCGGUGGUUGGUUUUGUCCAUGUCAUGGUUCUCAUUAUGAUAUUUCAGGUAGAAUUAGAAAAGGUCCAGCUCCAUUAAAUUUAGAAAUUCCAGCUUAUGAUUUCACAGAUGAUGAAACUUUAAUGGUGGGUUAA